UGCGGAGCGCCAAACUAAAACUUUGGACACGAACCACCGCUUUACAUCUUUUUCCGUUCCUCUCGUGGAUUAAACACCUGCGCAUCAGCUGAUGCAGCCGUUUACCGUUCGCACCAGAUAACAAUGGAUUAACAUUUUCUCUGGAGCCAUGCUCACGUUCUUGGUUCGUCUUGGCUCGAGCCACCGAGUCCUCGCAGGGAACCUAUCCGAGUUGGAUGCCCUCCCCUCCCGUUUCCUUUCCGCAUUCCCGCAGCCACCGUGCGCAAUGCAGGCGUGGAGCUCAGAUCCGUGAACUCAACAGAAAAGAAAACCGGUUACUCCAGCUAAUCUACCCAAGUAUUGCUGGCGGUGCAUUAUGUUUGCAGCCAGAGGAAGAGAGGAAGCCCGGAGGACUGACAGGCUGCUCGCUGUAGGCUGGACAAGGCCGUUUUCAGCGCACUGAGAAAGCCCGAAACGCGUUUAAUUGAUCGGUGUUACGCUAAAACCUGGAAUAAGCCGCGGCCGCGCGCUCAUUCAUGUCCCGGGAUGGAGGAUUGCUGUCGCACCUGUAUGCCGUGUUUAAGUCGGCUGUGGAACUGCAUAUGGCCGGACGUCCGCUACCCAAACGUGCCCAACAACAACCAUGUCAUCGCCAACCCGGACGCGAAGACGGCGGAGAUCCGCACCGUGUACGGGGACAUCCGCAUCCCGUCGCCAAAGAAGCGGCCGGUGCAGCUUUACGCGGCGCUCUUCGACUUCGAGGCCCGCAGCGACGACGAGCUGACGGUGAAGGAGGGGGACAAGCUGUCGGUGAUCGAGAAGCGGGGGGAGUACGUGCUGGCCAAGAAGCUGACUGGGUCUCUGGAGUCCGGACUGAUCCCGGCCAACUACGUGGCUCUGCUGCAGGACGAGUUCGCCAAACACAAGUGGUACUAUGGGAAUAUAAACCGUGUGAAAGCUGAGAAGCUGCUGCUGGCUUCCCAGAACAAAGAUGGCUCCUUCCUAGUUCGCAUCAGUGAGAGUCACAGUGAUGAGUACACAAUCUCUGCCCGGAAUGAGGGGAAAGUGUACCACUUCAGGAUCCAGCGCUCCAUCAUCGGGGCGUACUUCGUCUCAGAUAAGAUCUCCUUUGCCACGCUGGGAGAGCUCAUCUCCUACUACCAGAAAAACCCUCGCAGCCUGGGAGUGCUGCUAGAGGAACCCUGCUCCCAGCAGCGGGAGUUGUUCGACAUGGAGCCGUGGGAGAGACCUCGAGAGGAUUUCAGACUCCAAAAUAAACUGGGAGAGGGACACUUUGGAGAGGUGUGGGAGGCUCUGUGGACCACAGAGAACAGGAAAGUGGCCAUAAAGACUCUGAAACGAGAGGACACAAAGCAGGACGAGUUUGUGAAGGAGGUUCAGGCGUUGAAGAGCCUCCAUCACCCGAAGCUGAUUCAGCUACUGGCCAUGUGCUCCAGAGGAGAGCCAGUCUACAUCGUGACCGAGCUCAUGAGCAAAGGAAGUCUCAAGUCUUACCUCACUUCUGCUGAAGGCCAGGUGCUGACAUCAGCUCAUCUGAUCUACAUGGGGAGUCAGAUUGCCGAGGGCAUGGCCUACCUGGAGGACAGAAACAUCGUCCACAGGGACCUGGCUGCCAGGAACAUCCUGGUGGGAGACGAUCUCAUCUGCAAGGUGGCCGACUUUGGACUGGCUCGUAUUAUUAAGGACAGUGUGUAUACAGCCAGUCGAAACACAAAGAUCCCGGUGAGGUGGACAGCUCCCGAAGCAGCAAUUUACCAACGCUUCUCUGUAAAAUCAGAUGUCUGGUCGUUUGGGGUCCUGCUGUACGAGAUGAUGUCACGGGGCAAGAUGCCUUAUGAUGGAAAAAGCAACAAGGAAGUGUUGGAUCUGCUGUCAUCGGGGUUUCGGCUGCCCUGUCCAACACGCUGUCCUCAGAAUAUUUACCGCAUCAUGAUGGACUGCUGGGCUGCUGAGCCCUCCAAGAGACCCUCUUUCCACGCGCUACACAGCCAGUUGGAUACAAUAUAUGCCAGGAUCUAUUUUAAGACUAUAGAGGUAUAGAAAUAAGGAGAUAUGGAGAAAGAAGAGGAAAUUGAGAGCCAAUCAUCUGCAACUGGUCAUCGGCAGCAGCAUGGACUGCAAAUAUGAAAGGGACAGGUGGAUGAGAAAUAGUAGGGAAGGAAUAUUCUCCUCCCGCAUGAAAUCCACUUCCACAACAGGGUACACUUACUUUAAAAACACCAAGGUGUGAUAAGACACAGAGAGGAGAGCGUCAGAAGCAAACAGACACAAGUGAAAUGUUCGAGCCGGAGAAGAUGCUCAUCAAAUCAAGGAUGAAAUAUAAGGAAAUCCUUUAUUUCUUAAGCCAAAAGAAAGCAGGGUGGACAAAUGAAAGGCUAAAAAUAGUCAGGUGAGUAUACACUCCAACUUAAAAAACACUGACCAAUAAAACCCUCUGCACAUUCACAGAACUAACUGUUUUUAAUUUUGUACCAUUUUGUGUUUUAUAAAUAAUAUUUUAUUACUGUGCCAUGUCUGAAUAUGCACAAUUUGAAAUGUUAUAAUAUUCUAUGUCAGGACUUUAAGUCAAUUGCCUGUCGUUUGACUGUGCUAAAAUUGAGGUUAUGUGCAAUAAUUAAGUGCUUGCUGGGUUUUUAGCCAUGCUAGCAGUACAGUCCUUAAGAUGCUGAUUUGGCUCGCUCUGUUGGUAGCACUUUGGGUUACAGUGAAAUAUCUCAACACGGGGGGAUUGAACUGAUUGCCAUGAUAUUUAGUGCUGACCAUCACACUCCACAGAGGACGAAUCUUACAACUCUGGUGAUCACAUUGCUGUUCACACAGCGCCAAGCCACAAUUUACUCUUGUUCAACACUUCAAUCUUGUUAUGAACUAAAGAACAAACUACUAUCAGAUUCAGCUGGUGAUUAAAUGGAAGGAUAGUGUAAAGGUAUCACUGAAGGAUUGCAGUAAGCAAUAACUCUUUUAUUCAACAUGUGGCAUGCAGGUAUCUAAAUCUAUCACUGAAAUGAACAGGUUGACAUGUUGGAAUAUGCACUUCUUUCCCCUCAUUUUUCAGAGUACAUGACAGUUAACAAAAAGAUUAAAGGUUGGUUUCUGAAGGUGUUUUAGGACCAGAGGAACUUUUUCAUUAUUCUAAGAACCGCCCUUUGCAUCUUGUCCGCAAAGCAAGAACUUGGAACGAUCCUAGUCCUUAAUACGUGUUACUUUUUUAGCUUUAGUAGAUACAAUCCCAGCACACAAGGAACUUAAAGUGACUUAAGUGUACGGGGAUUGGUUUAAACACAUUAGCAAAUGCAACACCGGCAUACCAAGUAGCUUCCCAAAAUGUUGACCAAUCGUCUUUCAUGCCCACAACAAUGCAAACAUGCUAAUGCUGCCAUGGUAACUUCAAAAUUACCUCACACGCCAAAUGUUAGCGCUUUAGUAACCUAUUAAGCUGGCAGGACAUUGACAAUCAUUUGCAUGUUAGCAUUUUUAGCAUGUCAGGAUUGAGCUUAAAUCAGAUGAGCCUAAGUACAAUUGAGUCUGACAAGCUCUCAAGUGUGAGAUGUCCUAAAAUAGCCACUGUUCAGAGGGUAUCCCCUUUGAUUCUCUACUUUUUUCAUCCUUCCAACAGUUUUUCAUUGAGCCAUUAGCGGAGCUAAACAAUGUCAGUCUUUUUGUUAACCACAAGCAUGAUGUAUUUAAUUCAGCCUGCCUUCUGUUACAGGAAUUUUAGAAGGUUUUGGCAACAUGUUACAUAUGCAAUACAGAAUAGCAUGGGAAUUGUUUUUAUCCUCCUGUGAUAUUUUUUGGGGGCUUACCCAAAGCCAGUGGGCUACAGAGCCAUGUGUACAGGCUUAAAGCAAUCAAACCUCUUUAGAGGCCCAUAGCGAUGGCCAGAUACAACUAGAGUGCCUAUGUUUACGCCACAGACUGUCCACAGACUUUACUCCAAACUAUGGACUGUGAAGAACUACAAAAAGUAAUUCUGGAUAUGUCCAGUAUGGAUAUGUCUUUUUUUUUUGGGGGGGGGGGGGGGCCUUGCAAUGUUGCAUUGCAAUGUUGCAUUGCAAUUUGAGAACAAUGCAACUUUUGUCUUUAUGCAUGAAAAUAUACAGCACACAAAGCCAAGUUAAGGAAACUAGCCAUAAUCACCAAAUCACGAGAUUGAGUUGUAUGUGUUAGGCUGAGUGCCAUCAGGUACCAAACACCAGUAGUGCAAUAAAAUAUUUUAAGUAUUGUUUUGAAA